AUGCCCGGGCUGUUGGCUGCGAGCAAGAUGAGUGUGUCCAGUCGACCUGCGGUCAUCUGUUCGAGGUCUCUCUUGAGAGCCAGACAGCAGAUCCCACUUGGCAGUUGUCUAUCUCGUCGAGGUCUUGCAGGAGACACUCGCUCGGCAAGAGACAGGCUAUUUCGAGUGUCGGAAGAAGUCCAAGACGCUCUGGCGACUGGUAAACCCGUGGUGGCCUUAGAGACAACCAUCUACACCCAUGGUUAUCCCUACCCCGAGAAUGUUGCUCUUGCCUCCCACCUCGAAUCCCUCGUCCGAGUCUAUGGAGGUGUCCCUGCCACCAUUGGUGUUCUCAAUGGCGUUGCCCAUGUCGGCAUGCAGCCUGAAGAGUUGAUACAAUUGAUCAAGACGGCCGGCGAAGAAACAACCUGGAAAUUAUCUAGACGUGACCUUGGCUUCAUCGGUGGACUUGGUCUCAGAGGGAAAAAAUUAAAUGGCGGGACCACCAUUGCCGCAACCAUGAUCCUUGCCCACCUCGCUGGCAUCAAGAUCUUCGCAACUGGCGGCCUAGGAGGCGUCCAUCGAGGUGGAGAAUCUUCUAUGGACAUCUCGGCUGAUUUGACCGAGUUGGGUAGGACUCCUGUGGCCGUCAUCAGCUCCGGGUGCAAGAGUUUCCUCGACAUUCCACGCACCCUGGAGUAUCUGGAAACACAAGGUGUUGGUGUCGGUACUUUUGCCGAUGGCCGCCAUGGUCAAGUCGACUUCCCGGCUUUCUGGUCGAGAGACUCGGGUGUGAAAAGUCCUCAGACCAUUGUCGAUGAAGCGGAUGCCGCUGCUGUUGUCUAUGCUCAGUCUAUGCUUCCAGUCCAUUCAGGCUUGCUUUUUGCAAAUCCUGUCCCUGUGGAUUCUGCCAUGGAAAAGGCUACGAUUGAAGGAUAUAUCGCCACUGCCGUGGCCGAGGCUGACAGAAAUGGUAUUCGUGGAAAUGCCAACACUCCUUACAUCCUCAAACGUAUCAGGGAGCUGAGUGAUGGAGCCACUGUUACGGCAAACUCGGCUCUAGUUGAAGCCAAUGUUAUUCGCGGCACCAAAGUUGCAGUGGAGUUGGCUAAAUUGGAGCGACAAGAUGCAGCUGCAUCACAGCGGGUGGUUCCCUUGGUUUCGAAGGCUGUGGAGACCUCUCCCGCACCUGCAACCCUAGAAGAACAGGUAGUGCCAGAACACGCACCGAAGAAAAUACCAUUCGAUGUACCAUUCGAUGUGUUCGUGGCUGGAGCUCUGGCAAGUGACACUCUAUGUGACUAUCAACCACUCUCAACCACUGUCACUGAAGUGGCGCCUGUAAUGCACACAUCCAACCCUGCUCAGAUCACACAAUCCCCGGGAGGAGUCGGGCGAAAUGUGGCAUUUGCGGCACAUUUAGCAGGUGCUCAAGUCGCGCUAGCAAGUGUCGUGGCCGAUGAUAUAGCAGGUCAAUCGCUUUUGAAGCAUGUCAAGGAUACUGGCAUCUCGACCGACUACAUUCGACAAAUCCCCACCUCUAAUGGUGCCAGAACAGCGCAGUACGUGGCAGUCAAUGACAUGAAGAAAGAUUUAGUGGUAGCUAUGGCAGACAUGGCAAUUCUAGGUCACCCUGAUCUCGAAUCAACAAGCUACUGGUCAGAAAGCAUUGCAAAGGCUCAGGCCAAUUGGGUUGUGGUGGAUGCAAAUUGGUCGCCAGCGAUCCUCUCGUCCAUCAUCACGGCUGCACAGUCGCAGAAUGCCAGGAUUGCUUUUGAACCUGUAUCGACUGCAAAAGCAGCACGUCUGUUUCACCCGGAGACAUCAGCCAUGACGCCGUCCAAGGUAGUUCCGAACCAUGUAAUCAACCUUGCUUCACCAAACAAAAUGGAGCUCUCAGCUAUCUAUCAUGCUGCUCGCGACGCCUUGAUGUUUGAGUCGGACCAAUGGUGGAAAGUGGUUGAUAGCUUUGGUCUCUCUGGCUCAGGAUCAAGAGACCGGCUCGUGGCGGUGGCCGGUCGGGAUCUGGUUGAUCAAGGCAUUCCCCAGCAGUGUAUUCAACUGUUGCCGUUUAUUCCCAAUCUCGUGACCAAACUCGGCCGCAAAGGCUGUCUCCUUACCAGCCUCCUCAGACGAGGUGACGAUAAGUUGACUGACCCAGAACACGCACGGUUUUUCAUUGCGAGAACAUAUUCCGACAAUUCAGAGAUUGGCGGGGUGUAUAUGAGACUUAUACCUCCAUCCCGUCUUGUCGAGGAGUCAGAAGUUGUGUCUGUCAACGGCAUUGGUGACACGAUGCUGGGCGUUAUUGUUGCAGGUCUGGCCAAAGGCUACGCCCUGGAGAACAUCCUACCAACUGCACAGGACGCAGCCAUUUUGACUUUAAAGUCUCGCGAGGCUGUUUCACCCGAGGUGCGUGGGAUCUUGAACAAGAAGUAA